CCAAUCGUCUGAUGUCUCAGCUUCGACGCACUUUCAAAACGCCCUUAUGCGAGCAAUAGGUGCUUUGUGGUAUGUAAUUGCUAGCUUGAACAUUGUAUAAAGCCUUACAAAAGAAAAUUAAAGAAUCUCGCUAGUCGUAAAAGGAAACGAUUGUUUGUCAUUUAUAGAGAACGUCUUGUGAAAAUGCCAUUUCCAAGGGGGAGAAAGCCAAGUGCCUCUAUCCCUAAACACCAUGUCAAUGUGCCCGGGAUGGAGAACCAGGAAGACGCUUUCCAUGUUAAGAGAUCCCCCUCAUCUCCUCAGGGCGCACCUAAGAAAAGAUCAGCCUUUGUUGACAUCACCAAUGCUAACAAGAUCCAGGCCAGCAACCAUACAAAGAAGGAGAAGAGCACUAAGAAGAUUCAGAAGAGCAGUACAGUUGCUGUGAAAAAUGAAGCCAACCUCAAGAAGUCAAACUCUCUUAGCUCAGAGGGGCAGCCUGAACUGGUGAAUUCGCCUAAACUGGUGAAAUCGCCUGUACAAGAACCCAAAGCAUCCCCAUCCGAAGAACCUGCUAAGGAUCAACCAUGGCAGGUACCUGAGGAGUUUGACAUUGAUAAGGAGCACCGUGGGGACUGCUGCAUGACUUCAGAAUAUGCCAAGGAGGUCUUUGACUAUCUGAAGUGCAGAGAGGAGAAAUUUGUCCUGCAGGAUUACAUGCACACACAACCUGACCUGAAUAAGGACAUGAGGGGUAUUCUGGUGGACUGGAUGGUUGAGGUCCAGGAGAACUUCGAGCUGAACCAUGAGACGCUGUAUCUAGCUGUGAAGCUGACUGACCACUACCUGUCCUCCAUUGUGGCCCUCAGGGAGUCUCUGCAGCUUAUUGGUUCUACAUCCAUGCUCAUUGCAUCCAAGUUUGAGGAGCGCAGUCCCCCCUGCAUUGACGACUUCCUGUACAUCUGUGAUGAUGCCUACAAGCGCGAGGAAAUGAUCGCCAUGGAGGUCAACAUUCUGCAGACGCUGAAGUUCGACAUUAGCAUCCCAGUACCAUACCUCUUCCUCCGUAGAUACGCCAAGUGUGUCCGUGCUAACAUGGAGACUCUCACGCUGGCGCGGUAUGCGUGUGAGCUGAGCUUGCUGGAGGUGGAGCUGGUGCCCGAGCGAGCUUCCUGCCUGGCCAGCGCCUGCCUGCUGCUGGCUCUCACCAUGAAGAGUCUGGGAGGAUGGACACCCAUUCUGGAGUUCCACACAGGAUACACUCUUUCAGAGUUGGGCCCUUUAGUGAGGAAACUCCACUCCAUUGUGGCCUGCCCCUCUGAUGACAAGCUGAAAGCUGUGAGAAGCAAGUACUCCCACAAUGUCUUCUUUGAAGUGGCAAAAAUUCCUGUUGUGGAUAUUCAGAAACUAGAGGAAGCCUUAAAGUGAACCAAAAUGUAUAUUGGGGAAAAAAAAAAAGAAAAAAAAAACUGAAUAGAUUAGUUGGAAAGACAUUGUAAAUAUUUAUCCUGUUAUACCACUUGUUUUAUAUAUUAAGAAAAUUUUGUAAUUAGAUAAUGGCUUUGUGUUCAAAAUUUUAUACAUAUAAUUUUAUAGCAUUUGUACUAUGCUCAUUGUAUAAUUCUGGUAAAAUAAUUAAAUUAAAAUAUAGGUCACGCUUGCAAGAAAAGCAGUAUUUCCAUGAAACCAGAAUGUGGAAUUAAAUUUUUUCAAUUCCAGUUUUUGUGUGGCCAUCUGCCAUUAUAAGCGGGUCGAAUCAUUGAAGUGUGUCUUGUUCUUGUCUGUCCAUAUAAAUGUAAGUAAAUAUUUUACAGUUUAUCAUGUCACUGUCGCUUGGUCCAAUAACCUUUGAAUAAUGGACAACUGUUUGCUAUUUUUAAAUGGCUUUGAGUGUUUUGUAAAUAAAGAUGGUUCUGCCCUCAUUCAAAUUAA